UUUUUUUUAUAAACGAAAGCCGAAUACCGAAGUUUACGAAUGUAUGACAAUUCGUUCGUGACUUGAUCCCAUUGGACAAUGCAUUUAUGAAUUUAUACCAGUAUGUCAGUGCUCGGAAAGUCAUUGCACGAAGUAAAUGUUCAAACCGUUAACCCAUUUUCCCAUUCGUAAAUCACAAGCUUGGAAAUUUCCGUGACUAUUUUUUUGCUCGACGAUUUCGACGUUAUCUAAUCCCAUUACCUCACCAACCACGUUAUUUUUAACACAUUUAAGUUCUCACUCCUGGCUGUGGUUUAGUAGGAAAGUAAUCGCGAUUAAGUUAAAUUUUAUGUCAUAAUAUUAAUCUAUUUGGAUAUUCUAUGUUGGUGAAUACCGUACACGAACAUUUUCUUCUAUUAUCACAUUAUUCAUGUAUAAUUCUGGUAACAACUGUCGUUCCAAUGUCCAAUAAAAUUCUGUUGAAGUAAACGUAUUUGCUCGCAAGGUCAAUGUGUCACUUGGUGAUAACAGUGAAAUGUCAUGCUCCUUCAACGUGAUAUGAAAAACCUUCAGUCUCUGUAAAUCCCCUAUCCAAAUUCUUUUUUGGACGGAUCAGCUUUGGAACAAAUAACAAAAACCACUGUAUGCAUUGUUCAAUAGAAAAGGAGUAAUAUAGAGAAGGCAAGAACUAUUAACGACAGAAGAAAAAUCAAAGAUGUCGGGUUACGAGGACGAAAUUGUCGAAGACAAGGAGGAGAUUCGUUUGGGGUUGGAUAGAGAGGUCGGUCUUCGACAUCGUAUACCAUGGAGCGAUCGAGUAUCCCUGUCGAGCGAGGUCCCUGGUCUCCACGAAGUGAAAGAACUUCUCGAGGACGAUGACGCUUCGUGUCUAGCCGAAGAGGAAGAUGGCGUCGGCUGUCCCUUACCAUCGACUCCCGAGGACGAUCACCUCCUUGAUUGCGAGAUGACCGAAGUCUUGAAGGCGGGAGUUCUCAGCGAUGAAAUAGACUUGGGUGCACUGGCCCAUAAUGCAGCGGAGCAGGCCGAAGAGUUUGUUCGAAAAGUGUGGGAAGCCUCGUGGAAGCAAUGUCACUUUAGAAAUUUACCAAGGUGGUUACAAGACAACGACUUUCUUCAUGCCGGGCAUAGACCACCUCUACCUUCGUUUUACGCUUGCUUCAAGAGCAUCUUUCGUAUUCACACGGAAACCGGCAAUAUAUGGACUCAUCUACUUGGCUGUGUAGCUUUUAUAGGAAUAGCCACAUUUUUUCUAAGUCGUCCACCUGUCGAGAUUCAACUCGAGGAGAAGCUCGUAUUCGCAACUUUCUUUGCCGGUGCUAUUUUAUGCCUCGGUCUCUCAUUCGCCUUUCACACCGUUCACUGCCACAGCGAGUGCGUUGGAAAACUAUUUUCCAAACUCGAUUACUGCGGCAUUGCUAUGCUCAUCAUGGGCAGCUUCGUACCGUGGCUUUAUUACGGUUUUUACUGUGACUAUCAGCCAAAGCUCAUAUACUUGUCGGUUGUUGUGGUCCUCGGCAUAACAAGCAUCGUCGUGUCUCUCUGGGAGAGGUUUGGCGAGCCAAACUACAGGCCACUCAGAGCUGGUGUAUUCAUGGGAUUUGGGCUCAGUGGGGUUAUACCGGCGGUUCAUUACGCAAUCGCGGAAGGCUGGUUCAAAGCCAUCAGUCAAGCUUCUCUUGGCUGGCUCAUACUUAUGGGGUGCCUCUACAUUUUGGGAGCCAUGUUCUAUGCCCUCCGUGUACCGGAAAGAUUUUUCCCAGGCAAAUUCGAUAUAUGGUUUCAAAGUCAUCAGAUUUUCCACGUACUGGUAAUAGCAGCGGCGUUCGUUCACUAUCACGGCAUAACAGAAAUGGCAAUGCACAGAAUGACGAUCGGUGAUUGUUCGAAUCCGGCUCAAGUAAUGGCCUUCUAAUGAGAGAAAAGAUACUCGUACUGGCAUCAGAUGCCGAAGAAGACGAUUUAAAUGCGAAAUAUCGAAAUAGUUACAGGCGUGUACAGCCCGCCCGUAACUUUUAAUGCUGGAAAUCGCGAGUAUAAAAGUGAUUAUCGACUUGUUGAUACUUAUUCCUAAUUGUAUAAUGUGGGUGUACGCAAGAAAAAUACCGAGAAAAUUUAUGUAAAAUUAUUAUGAGAAGAGAUGAAGAAAGCGAGGUGAACACUUCUCUUCUCUGCACUGGGGAAAAAGAAGCUAUAUGUAUAUAAAUUAUAUGUACACAGUCUCACAUAUAUCUUUUUCAAUAAGAAACGAAUUUACCGAGUAUAAAGAGGCACUUUUUCACAAGAAAUUCGAGUUUCGUAUUGUAAUAAGUUCGAUGGUGAAAAAAAAGUUUUUUUUUCUUUUCUCUCGCUGAGUUUUCAAAUAAUCAUUUAUUAAAAUUUUGAUUUUUGUGCAAAACAUUAGGUAGAAAAUAUUAUAAAUAUUAUUUUUUUAAAUCGGAAUAAUCGUGUGUAAUAUUUGCGAUGAAACGUGUUGUGGGGCUCCGUCUAAAUUAUUUUUACAGUGCCACAAAUAUUCUGUACAAUUUUUUACAAUCGAUUAAUCUUCAGAGGGCGAGGCUGCUCCCUUCACGGACCACCUGGUUGGUCAAAAAUUUACAAAACCGUGAUUUGAAUGAUGCACUGAUUAUCAUUAUUAUCAUCAUCAUUAUUAUUGCGUCAAUAGCUAAAUGUUUACUAGAGAAAUACAUUCUAUUGUCGUUUAUCGAUAUCGAAUAAAAUCUUGCGUUUUGUCGAUUCCAUAUUUAGAGAUUUGCGUGUGAGAAACUAAAAUUUUUUAUCGUUCCCCAUUUGGUGGCAGCUAACAAUUUCACCAUAGAAUCAAGAGCGAUCCCGGAAAUUUUUACUGUAUUCGAUAAUGAUGCCUUCACUUAAUAAAAUCCACCGAAUCGUAUAUAAUUGAAAAAAUCCUCACAGCAUCAGAAUCAGAAUUACGAUUUCAUGUCAGUUUUGCAUGCAGAUAUACGUAAAUUAAUGAAAAAAUUCCCGCCGUGUUUCAUCCCAUAUAUUACAAACGACGCGAAAUAUUUGUCGGUGUGCAAAUUUUACUUGAAAUAUUCGUGAAUAUCUGAGUUAUGUUUAUCACCUAUUGUUAUUAUUAUUAUUAUUAUUAUUAUUAUGAAGUUUAUAGGAUUUGUCUAUAGGACUGAAUCAACAAAAUGAAGGAAAAACUGCGUUUUCGAAAAAGGGGACGGAGUAAUCGACAUUUUUGUUAUUGUGAUUAUUAGUUGCAAAUCUAGACAAAUUUUUGUUGUAUAGUUUUUUUAAAUCCCACUAGAGAACUUGUACUUUCUUGAAUAAUCAUUUCAAUACUUAUACAGAGACUAGAAAUGAAACAAGGAGUGGAUCCCACAUGCUUCCCUUAUUUCCUCUUGGAUAUUGCAAUUCAUUUUGCUCUUUCCUUUGCACACCUCAAACUUGGAUAUUUAUAUAUAAAACAGAUAUACAAAAACUUGUGAAUUUCUUAACUUGUACUCAUGCCGGUGGAAUCAGGUAAUAUUGAUGAAAGUUUCAAUGGCGAAAUAAAGUUUAAAAACUAUUGCAUAAAAAAGGUAAAUCGUACGAAUACGAAUGAAUUAUGCGUUUGAGCGUGGGUUAAAAAACAAUUUAGUUAUUUUUACGAUACGUUGGAGUGGACCACAUAUUUGAUUAUUAAAAAUGUGAACAGUGUCAUGUUGACCAUAUAAAUAAUUGAACAAAAAGUUGUUUUUUCUCCGCUCGCAAAGUAUCGUCGCCUUACUCGUUUGUUGAAGCGUCAAUAAUCUGUCCGAGUAGCUUUGACCCGGUAAGCAGUGAGAGAACGCGCGAAAAUGAAUAAAGAAUAAAGAAGGAGAGAGAAGAACGAAAAAAUGAUGAAAUAACAACUGAAGCUGCGUUAAAGCGAUCAGAGAUGAAAAAGGCAUGCGAGUAAAUUUAUUUGAAAGUCGAUUUCUCCCUUAAAUCAUGUGACUUGAUUGUUGAGUGUAUACCCAACAUACCACGGGAUGAGAACGGAAAAAAAUCUGAGUGCGAAGAAAAUGAUAGUGAUUUCGGUAUAGUAGAAAAAUGGAAUAAAGAAGAAAAUAUUAUGUCACAUUGAAAAUCGAGGAUUUAUGGAAAGGUUGUAAUGAUGGUAAAAAAGGAAACAAAAAAAUUUUAGGAUGUGAAAUAUAAAGUGAUAAUAUGAAAAUACUAUAUUAAGCAUCGAACUUUAUAUGUCUAUUUUCUAGAAGUUUGUAUAUCUUCCAAAUAUUUUUUAAAUUAAUGCUGGAUACGCGUCAGUUGAACCAGCUGGCUACACCAAACUUCCUCAGUUCAAACUUGUAAAAUCUGAGAACGGUGUGGCCAAUUAUUAUUUAUGGAGGAGUAUUCCACUUGAGGAAUUUUAUUUUUGAUUUAUUAAAUGGAGUGUAAAAUCCUAGUACUUUGAGAAAGUGUUGUUAAAUUUUUUACACUGAGCUUGACGGUUAUAGUAAUGGGGACAAAUGAAUAUAAACAAUAAUAAAAAUUUAUCGGAACAUAAGACGAAUAAUAAGAGAAAAAAUACACGUAGUUACAUAUGUUGCUAUAUGUUAUAGUGGUGGACAGAACUACGAUUCAUGGAACAUCGAUUAUUUAUUGUUACUGUGUGUUGUAUUUCUAAAACCAUACCGUUAAUUUAAGCGAGUACACACAGUAGCAAUGAAGUGAAUUCCGCAAAUCGAGGUCUUAGUAAAUUCGUUCAUGUAUUUUUUUCUUUUUCUUCCUGGUUCAAUGAUCACUAUUCUCAAUAUCAUGGUCGUUAUUAUUGCAUUGUUUUACUUAAAUUUUAAGUGAUCAAUAAAAAAUUUCCAAAUGUAA